GGGCUCUGUGGGGUACACAGGGAGCCCCAGCACCGGGGCCAGUCCCACCCCUGCACCUGGGCCCUGUCAUGACUCAGGCACUUUCUGAAGCCGAGGACGUGCCGCUGCCGUGUUUGUUCAACCACCCUCCACGGAUUCUUUACCCAUGAAUCCGCGCCAUUAGGCUUUCAGCCACCUGAAUUAUCGGCACCCACAUCCUGUGCCCAGCAGUGCCAGCUCUGGAGCAAACACGUCCUUUGGCACAGCCGGGGUGGUUUGCUGUGGCCAACACCCCGAGCACCCCCCGGCACCUCUUCUUGGCCACUUGGUUCCUCUUUGUCCCACUUUACCCCCUUCCCACUGCAUUACCCCGCUCCCGGUGCUCCCCAUCACCCCGGGAAUGCUCGGCGUGCUCUGGGAAGCGCUGGGGUGUCCCUGUCCCCGGGUUAUUGGGCUGCGGGGAGAGAGGAACCGGGGGAGGAUAGCCGGGGAUGCAGUCGGGAAUUUGAGACGGGAACCAAGACCGGGAAGGAAAGCUGGCGGUGAAACCCAUCCCGCCCCACGGCAGACGCGCCCUCACCCUUCCCAUCACAGAGAACCGGUCCGUCGAGGAGCGGACGGGUCGCCCCGGUGCCGGGACUGGGCGGACACCGCUCCGGUCCGCCCCGCGGGCGGUGCCCGGUGCCGGCCCGCCCCGUCGGCGAGCGGCGGGCGCGGGGAGCCGGGCGGCGGCACAGCUGCGGGACGCGCCAUGCUGCCCGCUGCCCUCCGCCGAUGGCUCCGCCGACCCAAGCGCUCCGACCCACGCCUGCUCUCCCAGUUCUUCUUUGCCGACGAGAGGGUGACACGGGUGGUGGCCGAGAUCAACGGGCUGGAUGCCGAGCUGGAUCCGCAGCAGUACCUGGUGCUCCUCAACCAGCUGCACCUCAGCCAGGCUCACCUGCUGGCCGUCCUGGAGCGGAUCAUGGAGGAGUGCAUCCCCACGCAGCGGCACAGCCGCGACUACCUGGUCAAGUUCCCCGAGGAGCUCUUGGUGGACAAUUUGGGGAACCACAUGCUGUUUGCUGCCGAGUGCCUCCUGGCUGGCACCUUCCUGGACAUGGAGGAGUCAGACGGGGCACAGCUGCGGCCCCAGGCCAGGAACCUGCUGUGCAGCCUGGAGCUGGUCCGGACAGUGCUGCGGGAGCAAAGCCUGAGCCAGCCCAGCUCCUACCCAGAGCCUGUCCGGGCUGUGCUCAUCCAAUUCGACUGGCUGUUUGCAGAGUUUGAGCUGAGCUACGUGUCCUCGCUGGUGGCAGUGAAGUCUCCUGAUGAGAUCUACAGGCAGCAGGAGAUCAUCGUGCUCUUCUGUGAGACAGUGGAGAGAGCCCUGCACCUGGGCUACCUGACCCAGGAGAUGAUUGAUGGCUAUGAACCACUGCUGAUGUUCACCAUCCCUCGCCUGGCCAUCAUCAGUGGUCUCCUCAUCUACCCCGAGGGACCCCUCAGCCUGGAGCGGAGCCCUGAGGAGAUGUCCCGGGUCUUCAGCCCCUUCUACAACCUCCUGAAGAAGAUCAGGGACCUGCUGUGGGUGCUGUCAGCAGAGGAGCUCUGCCUGCUGGAGAGGAGCCUGUGCACAGCCGAACAGGAGGAUCCCUGCAGCCCGGAUGCCCCCCCAGCCUGGGGGGCAGCUGUGCCCAGUGUGGACCCCCCUGCUCCCUUCAGUGUUCUGGAGGUCCCUAAUGCCACCCAGCCACUCCCCACCUGCCAGACACGACUGGGACCCCCCAGUGCAGUGGGCAGGGAACAGGGCCAAGAUGGCAAAUCCCUGCCCACUGGCACAGGGAUAUCUGCUGCCAUCCCUGGCGCAGUGGUCACCUCCCCCCUGCGCAGCCCCCAGCCCCUUGGGAGCGGCCCAGGGCUGGGGGUCAAUGCCAGCCCAGGUGCCCGCUGCUCGGAGCUGCGCUCCCGCUACAGCAGCACCAAGGACAUGCUGCACACCCUCUUCGUCUGCAUCUCGGGGGUGGCUGAUCAGCUGCAGACCAACUUUGCCAGUGACAUGAGAAGCAUCUUGAAAACGGUCUUCAAGAUCGUGUGCUCGCAGGCGGAGCCCUCGGAGGAGCAGAGUGUCAGCAAAGAGAAAGAUGGUGACUCCUGUGUGACAGACGCUCCUCGCGUGGCUGACUGCCCGCUGUGCUCCAGCCCUGCAGAGGCUGCCAGGCUCCGGAGGGCAGCAGGUGCCCGCCCCCUGCCCGAGUGGGUGCCGGACAGCACGUGCAGCCAGUGCUCUGCCUGCCGCUCGCCCUUCACGCUGCUGCGCCGCCGGCACCACUGCCGCAGCUGUGGGAAGAUCUUCUGUGCCCGCUGCUCACCGAACACCGCCGUGCUGCCCUUCUACGGCCCGAGCAAACCCGUACGAGUGUGCACCCACUGCUACAGCACGCACCUGCCGCCCAGGUCCCGCUGUGCCCGGGGCCACUGAGAGCCGCUCUGCAGCGCAGGAGGCACAGCUGGGCGUCCGGGGCCGCUCGGGGGCUGCCGGGCAGCGCUCGGCCCCGGGACUCCCCUCAGCUCGGCGGGCACGGCGGCAGGACCCCCGGCCCGGGCUGGGCUCCCUCAUGCUCGGGGCAGGGCCCCACACGGAGCGGCCGCGGAGCCACGGCGGGCUCAGCACCGCCGCUCCCGGGGCGCCGUGGGUGCUGAGGCUGCUGCCGCUGCCGUGCGCCUGCCCCCCGGCUGGAAAUGUGCUUCGUGGUGGUUUUUGGUUUUUUUUUUCCCAGGUGAACUUUGGCUGCUGUUGGGCCCGGGGCAGAGUCUCCCCCCGGGGCCUGGCCCGAGAGGGUGCAAACAUCCCUCACAUGACAGCGGGUGCCCCGGGGCCGCCCGUGCCGUGCCGUGCCGG